GCACUUUCUGUCUCUCCCCGCAGUCCAUUUUCGAUCGGAGGAAAAGCAUUGACCGCAACAGGAAAAAAUCUACAAGUGCGAGAAAAAUCGUGCUUUUCGAGGAAACUGUUCUGUUAGAGACUCGUUGUUAAACUAAAUAAAAAUGCUAGACAUGGAAAAUAUCAAACUGCCAAAGCUGGAAAAUGAUCAAAAGUCUUACGCGGGCAUUCCGGAGGCCGUGUUUGUGGAAGAUGUUGAGGCCUACAUGAAACAGUCCGGAAGUGAAGAAAACGUCGAAAAAGUGCUGAAAAGUCUUGACGAACAGCACAGCAAAUACAAGUUCAUGGAAUUCAACAUUAUUUCAAGGAAGCGGCGCCUACGACAGCAGAUUCCGGAUUUAGCUAAAAGCCUGGAAAUGAUCAAGAUCCUCAAAAACCAAUCCGAGGAACAAGAAACGCAGUUUCUCCUAAGUGAGCAGGUGUUCGUUAAAACUCGUGUGCCCCCGACGAAAACGGUCUGCCUCUGGCUAGGAGCAAACGUGAUGCUCGAAUAUCCAUUGGAUGAGGCCGAGGAGCUACUGCGACAAAACAAGCAUUCGGCCGAAGUCAAUCUGAAGUGCCUGGAGCACGAUCAGGACUUCCUGCGGGACCAAAUUACUACGACCGAGGUGAACAUGGCACGCGUCCACAAUUAUGACGUGAAAAAACGGCAAGCCAAGAAGGUGGCCGAGGAAAAGUAAGGUACUUUAACGACGGGAGAUUUUCGGUUGAUUAACAUUAUGUGCUGAAUUCUGAGUAAAAGAAGCACAGCGCACCAACUACAACUUUUAAGAUUGAAUCAAUUACGAUCUAAUAAAAUUUAUUAACAUGGAAUAUUUGAAA